UAACAUCACCAACGACUCGCACAUCACGCAAUUCCAACCAUUCAAAGCAAGUCCCAGAAGCCACCAUGUCUUCUCACACGUCGAGAAUACAUAUACCUUGCAUGUUCCAUCUCCCAGGACCAUGAGACUAGCACGCAACUUUGCCCUCUUCUCAAUCCUCCAACGAGCAUCAGCGGAGAACAUGACAUUCUCCCCCUUGCACCAAAUCCAGCAAUUCUUCUCCUCCAACAACAGCACACCCACCUCAAAUAAUAACAGUACGAAUAAUAACACCGCCAUGUCCCGCCUCGCCCCCGUACUGAGUAUCUCUCACGGCGGAGGCCCGCUGCCCAUUCUUGGCGAACCUUCACACCGCAACAUCACCGCCUCGCUCAAGAAAAAGGUGCCCGCGAUACUCAAACUCGGCACCCCGCAGCAACCCCGAGCUAUCGUCUUGGUGACAGCGCACUGGUCGACGGCGAAAGUUACGAUAAGUAACAAGGAGAAACCUGGGCUACUCUACGAUUACUACGGCUUUCCACCUGAAUCGUACGAGCUGAAGCACGAUGCGCCAGGGAGUGCAGAAAUAGCGAAGGAGGUAGAGAAAGCCUUGAAAGAGAAGGGCGUGGAGUGUGCAUUAGACGGGGAGAGAGACUGGGACCACGGCGUUUUCAUCCCCAUGAUGCUCAUCGACCCCAAAGCCUCAAUCCCCCUCAUCCAAGUCAGCGUGCUCGCCUCGGAAAACCCCGCUCAAAGCUACGCCAUCGGACGCGCUCUACACGCUCUCCGCGCGCAGAACAUCGCCAUCGUUGGUUCCGGAUACGCAACGUUUCAUAACCUGCGCCUUAUGUUCUCGCCCGUCUCAUCGACGCCACAGUUCAAGCAGGAGAACGUGAAAUGGAGCGAUGCGGUUACCGAUGCAGCGAUGACAGACGACGUGGAAGAAAGAGCGCGUAAGUUUGAGGACUGGAGAAAUUGGCCUAAUGCCUGGCAGAUGCAUCCUAGAGGUGGUGCGGAGCACUUUUUGCCGCUGAUUGUUUGUGCGGGCGCGGCGGGCGAGACGCGGGGGAGGAAGUAUUCGGAUGAGAUUAAUGGGUUGGAUAUGUGGAGUUAUUAUUGGGAUGAGGCGUGAGGGGAGUGUGAUGGGAGGAUUGUGGGCAGUGUGAUUAGGUGAGGAAAAGUUGUGUUGGAAUUGGGGGAAGAAAUGGAAAUGUGAAUAAGAAUUUGGAUCUCAU